UAUCAGUUCUUCAAGCAUGUCCGAAGGGAGGAAUAUAUAUAUAGGAGCAAAGUAUUUCAGUCACAUAGACCACGGCAACCAAUCCCGGAGGGUCAUAUUCAGAUCAACCUAUCUCUCUACAGGCAAAGCCGCGUCUGGCAUGAUGAUCUUGCAAACUUCACGCAUGAUCGACGUAGCUUGGUACGUCAAAGAGGCAAUUGGAUCACUCCCGAAUUCUUAACCGGAAGAGACAUGCGCUGGCUACUUUUUGCGGGAGGUGUCCCACUAGAAGAACAGCCACCUAUUCUUGAGAAAAUAAUUCAGUUUGCUCAAGUCCCCGAGCUGCCUAUUUCUGUGGUAAUAAUACACACCCGUGUUUGCUCUUUCGGUAGUGUUGACUAUCAGGAUAUCAUUGAUUUGGUUGCAAGAGAACCGAUCGUUGUUAAUUUACGUGCUUCCCCUACUCCUAUCACUCCUACUGCGCAUGCUUCUACAGUGUCCCUGCUAGGAACAUAUAUGUCACUUCUUACUAUUCCUGCAUCUAGAUCCUCGAUUGAAGGUUUGAAGAAAGUGAGAUUUGAUAGUUUGGAAGAAGAUGUUAUCCGAGAGAUUCCAACAUGUGCCAUUUGUAUCAAAGACUUUGUAGAAUGUGUUGAUGAACUGAUUACUAGUUUACCCUGCGCCCACCACUAUCAUGUAGAUUGCAUUGUCCAGUGGCUGAAGAGAGAUCACACUUGUCCCUUGUGCCGAUACCAAAUGCCACCUGCGAGUAUGGACGGGGACGGGGACGCAGUCGAGCCAUCAAAUCCCUAACAGAGGCUGUUGGAAUCUCAAGUAUGAUGGGAGAGCUGAUCCUUCCGAAUGUAUUUUAUAGCAAUUUAAUUUCGUACUUGUUUGUUUUUCUUUUUAUCAAAUAAGAUUUGCGUAGCAGCAGUCCCUAAUUUUGGUUUCUUGUUUGGAAUAAAAUCCUUCUGAUUUGCUGAAAGAAAAAGGAGUGUGU